GGCACCAGUCAGGACAACCACGAAAAUCCGAUAAUCCGGAAACCAACUAGAAAAAAAUACGUAACAAAAAGGAAGCCAGGAAGCAACCACCCAGAAACCACGGCACCAUACAACAAUGCACAUCAAACAAAUCACGAUAUCGAAUUUCCGGUCCUUCCGCCAGCAACCGGAAAUCAACCCAUUUGCMGCGACCACCAAUUGCGUCCUGGGGAGAAACGGAAGCGGAAAGUCGAAUCUAUUCGAUGCCGUUCAGUUCGUCUUGUUGGCUCCACGKUUUGCAACGCUGAGAUCGGUGAGUGGUGGAAGAGUGGUGGAACUGUGUACUCGUAGUGUGUUGGAAAAUAUUUAUCACCAGAUGAAAGCGCGGUGAGAGCGUUUUGCAUUCAUUUGCCGUUGUUUUGCGUUGUUGUACCAUGUUUUAUCACGCCAUGUGAUACCAAAAGGUAUACGUAGGCCGCUUCGUUUCCAGCGGUACCCAUUGCGGUGACGAUCGCUUCUUCGCCCAGUCUCGUCUGUUGUAUCAUUGAUCUUUCACCGGCUUUCCUUCUCGGAACUUGAUCGAAGCGUGCUCACACAUUAUUCGCUUGCGCUGCUACGAACCCAACCGAACGGAAUCGAACACAACACAACACAACACAACACAACACAACACAACACAACACAACACACCAGGAAGAGCGCCAGGCACUGCUGCACGAGGGAUCCGGAUCCGCCGCCGUCAACGCCUUUGUCGAGGUUGUCUUUGACAACUCUGACAAUCGCUUUUCACUGGAACACUCCGACGAGGUCGUCCUCCGCAGAACCGUCGGCAGCAAGAAGGACGAGUUCUUCCUCCAGAGAAAACGGGCCACCAAGCAAGAAGUCCAGUCCCUGCUCGAGGGGGCYGGCUUCUCCAAGUCCAAUCCGUACUUUAUGGUCCAGCAGGGAAAGAUCCAGAGCCUCUGCCUCAUGACGGAUGCCCAGCGCCUGGAGCUGCUCCAGCAGGUAGCCGGCACCACCCUCUACGAAGACAAGAAAUCGGAAUCCCUYGUCAAGAUGCAAGAGAAUUCGCAGUCCAUCGAAAAGAUCGACUCCAUCCUCGGCGACAUCGAUGAACGCCUCAACGAAUUGCAGAGCGAAAAGGAGGAGCUCACCAUCUACCAGUCGCUGGACCGGGACCGCAAGGCCCUCGAGUAUACCCUCUACGACAAGGAGCUGCGCAAGGCGCGCCUYGUUCUAGACAAYAUCGAGCACAAGCGGGUGAUCCACCUGAGGGAUCUCACGGAACUCCACGAGCACUGCAAGAAAACACACGACGACAUCCAGAACGCGGACGCCGUUCUCAAGAUAAAGUCGGAGAAACUCAAGCGGAACCGGAACAACCGAGCCCUGCUGGAGCAAGACCGGCGGACCGCCUACAAGCUCAAGGAAGAUCUUGUCCUGCAGUGCGCGGAACUGGAGGGCACGGUGGGGAUGAUCCGAGACACGGCUCAGCGCAACCAGGCCGAGCUGGAAACACUCGAGGGGGAAAUCGAGUCGACGAAGGARAGACUCGAAGGAAAGAAGACGCUCCUGAAGGAUGAAGAAGAUUCCCUCCGAAAACUGGAACAAGAACGGGACCAGGCCWYCCGCAAGAUCGAYGGUCUCUACGCCCGGCAGGGCCGGGGAAAGGAAUACAACUCCAAGGAGGAACGGGACGAAUCCAUACGGGUGCAAAUCAGGGAAUUGGAGGGCCAGCAAUCGCAGAAACACCAGACUCUUUCGCAACAAAGGGACUCGCUUGCAAAUCUACGGCGCCAGGCUGUCGACCUCGAGGCCUCCAUCGAAUCCACGAAGGCCGACGUGGGCACCAAGCGCGAGGCUCUCCAGGCGCUCCACAAGCGACUGGACGACCAGCAAAAGCAGCGCCUGAAGCUCAUGGACCUUCGGAAAAACGCCUGGCGAAAAGCCGAAGCCCUCACGGAAACACUCGCAGAAUGCCGGGAAGCCAAGGGAAGCACCUACGCCAACCUCUACCGAAGCAUGCCACGAAAUACCUCGCAGGGGCUAAGAUCGCUCCAGACCAUUGUGGAGCGAGAGGGCCUGAUCCGCGGAGAGCAGUAUUUUGGCAUGGUCAUGGAAAACAUGAAACUCAAGGAUCCCAAGUUUCAAACGGCGGUGGAGGUCGCGGCACAGAACGCCCUCUUUCACGUCAUUGUCGAUACGGACGCGACCGCGGCCCUGUUGAUGAAGAGGCUGGAAGAGGGAAAGCUCGGGCGCGUGACGUUCAUGCCACUCAACCAGCUUCGCGUACAGGACAACAUCCAGUAUCCACAAUCCGAUGAUGUUGCCCCGCUCUUGUCGACCUGCAUCGCGUACGAGCCGAGAGUGAAACGUGCCAUGCAGCAARUAUUCGACCGGAGGCUGCUGGCCCGGAGUCCCGAGGUUGCUUCGGAAUGGUCGGCAAAACUCAGGAUGGACUGCAUCACCCUCGACGGUGAUCUKUGUUCUCGGAAGGGAGCUCUCUCKGGGGGAUAUGUCGACGUUCAGAAGUCCCGCCUUAAGGCCUACAGCGCAAAAACGAUUGCCGAAGAGGCCUACCGCAAGGCCAGGGAAGAACACCGCAGGGUGGAUGCCGAAGCCAAGCAAGCCGAACAGGACGUCACAAACGUCUCGGAAGAAAUAUCCCGUCUUCAGCACAAACAAGCCCAACUGGCACGAAUGAUCCAAAACCAGGAGGGCGGACUAUCCCAGUCGCAAUCCCAGAUGGGGCAAUAUAGUAAGCAGGCGGAUAGAUUGGAAUCCCAGAUAAUUCCAAGCCUAGAACAGAACCUCGAAGGCUUACAGUUCGACAUUGCCCGCUUGGGAGAAGAGGUCGGGACGGAGCUGACCUCGAGUUUGUCGGAGGAGGAACGGRCAUCCCUCAAUGAGYUAAAAGCUGUCAAGGAAAAGCUUGUGGAAAAGAUUGCGGAUCAGCGCGAUACUGUGGAAGAACUCCGUACCGAACGCACCCGGCUAGAAUCCGUCUUGGAAAACAACCUUUACAAGCGUCGGACGGAACUUACACAGGUCAACGACACGCUUGAUACCAACGACGGCGGCGCAGCCAUGGGAGGCGGCGUCACGACGAACGCGAUGCUGCAGGAGCAAACGGAACGCCAGCUCGAGGAACGCCGAUUGGCAUCGCGGGAAGCGAUAAGGGACGCCGACGAGUUGGAAGCCAAGCUGGAGGAAAUACGAAAAACAGAAGAGGAACUCAAAAAAGAGCUCAUUGCUGCCAAGAAUGAGCUCGAACGSCUCAAAACCGCAGACAACAAAAACACGCGGGACCUCGACGAUGCGCAACGCCGUGCCGAAACGCUCAUGGGGAAGAAAUCGCUGAACAUUGGACGCCGUGAUAGCUACAUGAGAAAGAUACAGGAACUCGGCUCUCUUCCCCCUGAUUCAGAACUCCGAAACUACAAGAAUCAAAACAUUAGCGACCUCGAGAAAUCAUUGGAGCGCGUGAGCAGGAAACUCAAAAAGUACUCCCACGUAAACAAGAAGGCGUUCGAUCAGUACGUCAAUUUUUCGGAAAAACGAGAGUCACUGAUGGAACGCAAAGACGAGUUGGAUCGAGGUGCMGAAAAAGUGAAAGAACUGGUUGAGAGUUUGGAUCGAAAGAAGGACGAAGCUAUCAACCGUACCUUCCGAGGGGUGAGCAAGCAUUUUGCAGAAGUCUUUAAGGAACUCGUGCCACUGGGAGAUGGUGAACUCAUCAUGCGGACAGCCAUCGACGAAGCAUUGGAGAGGGACGACRCCGAAGAUGAUAACGGCAGCGACGAUGAAACUUUCCGAAAGAAACAACUCGACAAUCCGGACGUCAGCCUUUAUCGUGGUGUCGGUAUCAAGGUUCGUUUCUCUGCAGUCGGAGAGAACUUUAUAAUGAGCCAAUUGAGUGGAGGSCAGAAGGCUUUGGUGGCAAUGGCUCUCAUCUUUGCAAUUCAACGCUGUGACCCUGCACCCUUUUACAUUUUCGACGAACUCGAUCAGGCUCUCGAUUCCACCUAUCGCCAGGCGGUUGCCAAUGUGAUUUAUAACCAGGCCAAUAAUCCAGACAAUCCAACGCAAUUCAUCACCAGUACCUUCCGCCCAGAGCUUGUUCGCAUUGCGAAGAAUUGUUACGGCAUAAGCCACCAAAAUAAGGUGAGCAGCAUCCACUCGAUGACCAAGAAUGAUGCCUUGAAGUUCAUUGCGAACUUGAUGAAUGAGGAAGAGGCGGUCGGGAAUGUUUCUACCACUCGUUCGUCGUUGUCGAAGAAGGGGAGCAAAAAGCGCAAAUCAAACGACAUMGAGACCGCUGWCGAAACAAGCCAGAUGUCUUAUGGACUCCAAACCCAACCUKUGGAAGAAUAAUGGAUGAAUAAUCCAGAAGAAUUGUACUAUUUAUGCGGUGUUUCAAGUAAUUGCUUUCGGGUUGCAAUUACCAUYAUGGGAAAAAGUAAUUGUAAAUGAACUAUGAUAAAUGAA